AUGGAUGCUGAUGCCACCUCUGAACCUCUCUUCCGUCCCAUGAAGCGGCGCAAGUUCGCUCGGCGGCGCCCUGACCACGAAUCCGACGAUAUUGCCAGCCACUCUCCCGCCAUCGACGAUGAUCGCGCGCCAGAGUCCCCGUCGAAAGCCAACUACUCCGAACAGCAGAUAUCCGGUCCUCUUCGUCGACCGCGACCUCGAAAAGGCGGGAUCGAGUUCUCCCCCGCACGCCCCGGCGCUGACCGAAGCCGCCAGACCGGGCUGGUUCCCGCUGAAGACCCGGAGAAUGAGCGCCUUCAGGCUAUGGGUGACCGAUUUACGGGCUACACCGGCCAGACAGUCGACGUUGAUAAGCACAUGUACGGACCCUUCUUCAUCAUUGCUCUUGAUGCUCGGGAGAUGUGGACUAACGAGAUAAGGAUGGCUUAUAUAGAGUCCGAGCUGGCUAAGCGCUCCCAAAGAAAACCAGACCCAGACUCAACCGUUGGCCAACCAAUUGCAGAAGAAAGCGCCGGCGGAACAAUCCCGGAGCAGCAGCAACGUGAGCCAGCAUCGCUAGGCAAACUACAUGAAAUCGACCUUGGCCAGGAGAUCAAGUUGCAGAACAUCGCGCGAACCGAAGCCGCGACACGAAGACUCGCGGGUGAUGACGAUAUAGCCGCGACCGAGGUGCAACAGGCGGACCACGAGAGUAAGCGGGGGCGGCAUCGCAAGCGACGCACAAGCGCCGACAUCGAGCGAGAUCGACUUGUCGAGGAGGUGUUGCGCGAGAGCAAACUGGAUGUUUAUGACGAGCCGGGGGAAGAGGGAUUAGGGGAUGAUCAGGCGGCGGACGAUCGGAUUGCAGAGCAGUUCCGGCGAGAUUUCCUGGACGCAAUCCAGUCACGGCGGCGGGUGCGCACCGCGAAACCGACGAGCGCGACGGAGGCGCCCAAAGGGCCUAAGCUUGGGGGCAGCCGAAGCGCACGGGCGGCCAUGCGAGAGUCACAGACGAAGCGAUGA